AUGCUAAGCGAUAAGGAUCUCGAGCGAGCUACGAGCCAGCUGGCCGACUACCGCCGCAGCGAUGCACUCACCCAGAUCCUCGAGCAGUACUCUACGCUGCUGGAGGACUAUAGACGUCUGAGGAGCGACUACGAAGAGGAGCGUGAGGCCAGGGAGAAAUAUAAGCAGCUCGCCCGGGGCCAGGAGCGCAAUCCUUUUGUGCUUGUCCUGGUUGAUGGCGACGGCUACGUACUGCACGACAACUUCAUCAGCAAGGGUGCCGAUGGUGGAAGCAGCGCCGCCAAGAUGCUCAACGAGGCCGUCAAGACCAGCUUGCGGCACAAGGGCCUGGAGCAUUGCCAGGUCAUGGUGCGAAUCUACGCCAACGUUGCCGGCUUGUCAAAGGCACUCCAUAAGGCAGGUGUUGCUGGGGCCGAGAAGCGUUCCAUCGCACCUUUUAUAGCCGGCUUCAAUCGAUCGUACGGCCUGGCCGAUUUCGUCGAUGCCGGCGAGCUCAAGGAGAACGCCGACUUCAAGCUCCGGGCUCUGCUGCACCUCUAUGCGGAGAAUGCGCAGUGCAAGCACAUCUACUUUGCAGCCUGCCACGACGUGGGAUACAUCUCCGACCUGACGCCACAUACCGGCAACAGCUCCAGGUUCACCCUCGUCAGCGCACCGGGCGUCAGAGUGCACAACGAGUUUACCAAACUGGGCAUGGGAAUCGAAGAAUUCCCUGGUGUCUUCAGGCACGAGCACCUAGAGCCGGUCUCGGCACGCCCCACAGCCGUCUUCGCUUCGGCCAAGGUGUCGACGAGCCACUCUCAAAAACCCUUGGCGGUAGAUACCUCGGAAUACGCUCUACCGCCACCCGGCGCGGACAGCCAGAAGGCCGUCUGCCAGUUCUUCCCACUGGGGAAGUGCAGAUAUGGGAAAGAUUGCAAAAACCUACAUAUCGCCAAAGACCGGGCAAGCAUCAAUGCAACAUGGAGAUCGGCGAGCAACAAUCCCCAAUCGGAUGCCACCGACCGCAAGAGCCGGCCCGCUACAAUAUUCGACGCAGACUCCAAAAAUGACUACCAUAAUAGGCCCAGUCCACUCGGAAUCCCUGUCACCCAUAAACUACCCCGAAAGGACGCCAUUCCCGACGGCUUUGUCGCCGUCAACAAGAACAAUUAUCGCCUCGACCCCUUUAUCCCGCCCUGUAGCGCUGAGGCCCUCAACGGGCUCAAGUCACGCAGCCGCGUGUGCAACAACUUUCAACUGACGGGCUUCUGCGAACAUGGCGAUAAGUGCCCGUAUAGCCACGAACCCCUUGAUGCCGAGACCAAGCGAGCACUGGAGGCACUCGCACGGUCAAUGCCCUGUUCAAAGCGCGGCGACUGCAGAAACAGCGCUUGCACCAUGGGACAUAUCUGCCAGAGGCUCGAUUGUAAGCACCGUGGUGGCAAGCUCUAUUGCAAGCUGCCCUACCUCUCUCAUCUGGAGGACUUGGCGGUGGAGAGCUACGUCCCUGCUGCCAGGCCCUCCUACAGCCGACGACCUACACUUUCUAAUGGUAGCAUCAUCGGGGACGACGAUAGUCGCCGCCUGUCACCCGUCGUGAGCGACGAGGGCGAAGAGCGGUUCAGCUUCAGCGAGUUCAAUGGCGCGCUGAUCGACAGUGAUGACAUACUCCGAGGCAGUCAGCCUGACUCGCCUGAAUGA